UGUCGAGCAGCUGUUGCGUCUACCACCAUUAGAUAGGGAGGAAAAUGAGCCGUUUGCGAGGGUUCUUCUUCGGCGCAUGUGCCGUCACGGGUGUGACACAAACUUGUUUUUGCGCAGCCUUCUUCUUUCAUUGACUCCCGGUCUGCGUUCCAGAGUGAAUUAUCUCUGGAAACCUGUGACGUCACGUACGGUGGACGUGAAAGAGACAUUGGACGGUCCUGCUCGCAUAGGAGACGUCGUGACAGGUCAUCCAAAUCGUCUCAAUUACAUUAGGAAAUACUCGAGACGAUUUGUUGCGAUUCUGAGCGAGAGGCGGGCAGCCGCAAAGAAAAGCCCUUCUGGGACCGACGCAAAAACGGCAGAGCGCGACGCUUCUGCCUUUUUUCUUCCCUUGUCUUCUUCUUCUUCAGCAGAUUCCAAACUUUCGUUGUGGGAUAUGCUCCAGAUACUCUUGCGAUCCCCGCAUCGUCUCCUGCUGGAGGAGCGGCCGUUUCCCUGCUUCUUUGAUGAUUAUGACCGGGCACUCAUCAUUGGUGAUAUCGAAUUGCCACCCAUUGGUCCCCCACCGCAGUUUUUGGUGCCACUUUUUCCCGAACUUGUGGAUGAUGGGGGUGAUGGGGGCCUCGGCUCGCUUGCAGGGCUUGAAAGGGCGCUAUUACAGGAGCCACACAAACUUGUGUACAGCAUGCUGGGUCCACUAAAUGCGGAGAGGAUUCAGAACGCCGGACGACUCUGCGUUGUCACGACAUGUGUGUUGGUUUUUGUUCGUGCCGCUCGCUUGGGUGGGGGGGAUGCUGUCCACGAAAUACUGAGAAGGCUCAAGUCACUGGCGAUGGUAAGUUAUGCGAAAUGGAAGAAGCAAAGAAACGCGCCCAAUCACUGCAACAAAAGGUGGAUUCGUCGUGCGAAGCAAGUUGGGAGCUGUGUAAGUCGCCUUCCCAGAGAGGGUUCUUGCUACUGCACGGCAAACGAUGGAUCGGCGCGUUGUUCGGCCUUUUUGUUUCAUGGCCACUGCGCCCCUAUGAGCGCGAGUGAGCAGUAUUACUAUCGCUACGGCGGUUGUUUUUUCCGUAACAUGUUCCGUCUCAUGUGUGUGUGGAUUGGUCACUACGGUGCCUGCCAGCGAUAUGUAGAGACAAUUUACUACUGCACGGAGGUUCCAUUCGCGGAGACAAAAUGUGUUGUUUUAUACUUAAUGCGUGUACUCCCUGACUACUUUUUGGGAUGA